CUGAAAGUUGAAACAAAUUCCGAGCGAGCGUAUUGUGCUUGGAGUUGCACGUUGUUGAUGCCUAAGAAAUAAUGUUAACGGUAGGCAUUGUACGGGUUCGGGUUGUUUUAAAUAAAUACGCUGUGAAGCCUUUCAGGAAAAUCUGAAAAGAUUGAAAGUGUCGUAAUUAAAAGCUAUUGUUGCUUUCCGUAGCGGUGAAAAGGUUCCCGUAACUAGAAAUUUAGCGGCGAUUGUCUGUGGAAAUAGUCAACCUGCUCGGAAGUUUUGGUAUUUGACUUGCAGUUUUACUAAUAUCGUGGAGAAACGUAAUUUUACAGGCAGACGGGGAAUGGCAGGUGCUGCAAAAAUUGUAAAUCUCGAACAUGUUGAUACAUGGGAUCAGUACUUUAAGAAGAACAGAGACCGACUGAAAGAUCAUUUUGCAAAUGCCAAAGUGCAAUGUGAUCCUGAUGCACGCUAUUCUCCAAAUAACAAUCUCAGCAAGAAAGUUUCAAUAUGGCAAGGAGAUAUAACGAAGUUGGAAAUUGAUGCAAUUGUAAAUGCAGCAAAUUCAUCCCUUAUGGGUGGUGGAGGAGUGGAUGGUGCUAUUCAUCGGGCAGCUGGUCCAGAAUUGAAGAAUGAGUGCAAAGGACUUGGAGGCUGUGAGGCUGGUGACGCAAAAAUUACAAAAGGCUAUAAAUUAUCAUCAAAAUAUGUUAUUCACACUGUUGGUCCUCGAGGAGAAAACCCAGGCCUUCUUAAAUCUUGUUAUGAUACGUGUUUGAAUAUACUCGUCAACAAUAAUCUGCGAACAGUUGCCUUUCCCUGCAUUUCAACAGGAGUUUAUGGAUAUCCUCCGAAUGCUGCAGCUAACGUUGCUCUUAAAACAGUUCGGAGUUUCUUGGAGAAGCAAGGAGAUUCAGUGGACAGAGUGAUAUUUUGCUUGUUCCUGGAAAAUGAUGUGAAGAUUUAUGAAUAUCUUCUGCAGGCCUACUUCCCAGUAGAAUAAACCAUUAAUAAAAAUUGUUUGUAUUUGAUACAAUGUGAGAGACUGGUCCUGAUAAAUAGAAAGGAAUGUGUCAUUACUUUGAUUUGGAUCUUGCACAUACUGUUUUAUCAGUAAAUAAAAAUUUAUUUAAUUUGAAUAAAUAUUGCCACCAUUAUGAUGGACAUAAUUUGGAUUUAAAAUAUGUGUACAUUUAUUUAUUACAUAAUUGUCUUUUUUCACUUGAUUUACUACUUGUUGCAAUUGACUUAUGUGAACAUACAUUGAAAUAAAAUUCUUUGCAACAUAUA